ACCGCAGUCAGCUGGCUGUGACUCAGCGCAGAGACCUUCUCAGCUGUCUGGACUUUAAAUACUGAACAAGUUUGAGCGGAGGAGACAAAAACUUAUUUAAAAACAGAGUGAGCCGUUCGUGAUUGAUUUCACUUAUUUAUUCAUUUUCCUUUCCCCUCCACUCUCACGGAGAAACCGGGACCGAAGGGGCGGCUGUCCUGAACUACAAGAACCAAGACCUGUCUGACUGUCACGGAGGAGACAGACACGGUCUUCCUUCUGUCACGGUAAGGAGCAAUCUGAGCCGUUUCCACCGUUUGAACGUUCAUGUGAACAAAUAACGUGAAGGACUUCACACCUGUCCAUUUCAAUGGAAACACCUGAAUUAUUGGAGCUCUCAUCCGGCACCUGUUCUACAGCUUCUGUUCGUCAUGGCAGCCAGAACGAAAUGGGAGGCGGUGAAGGACCGUGUGACAGGAAGUCCCGCACACGACCACGACGCCACGCUGGAGGCGAACCUGGAGAACGCCGACCCUGAACUCUGCAUCCGACUGCUGCAGGUCCCCACAGUGGUGAACUACUCUGGUUUGCGGCGGCGGUUGGAGGCCAGUGAUCAGGCCUGGAUGGUGCAGUUCCUGGAGCUGCGUGGUCUGGACCUGCUGAUGGAGGCAUUAGAGCGACUGUCCGGUCGUGGCUGCGCUCGCAUUGCCGACGCCCUGCUGCAGCUCACCUGUGUUGCCUGCAUCCGAGCCGUCAUGAACUCAUCCGAAGGACUGCACUUUAUCCUGGACAACCAGGGCUACGUCAGGACCCUGACCCAGGCUCUGGACACGUCUAACGUCAUGGUAAAGAUGCAGGUGUUUGAGCUGCUGGCGGCUCUGGUUCUGUUCGACCCUCAGGGACACCACCUGGGUCUGGACGCCCUGGACCACUACAAGAGUCUGAAGAAGCAGCAGUAUCGCUUCAGUGUGAUCAUGAACGAGCUCCAUGCCACCGACAACGUCCCGUACAUGGUGACCCUGAUGAGCGUUGUCAAUGUACUCGUGUUGGGACAAGAAGACCUGAGGAAGAGGGACCGAGUGCGACAGGAAUUCAUCGGACUGCAACUGCUGGAUUUGCUGCCCAGACUGAGGGAGACGGGGGAUGAUGACUUGAAUAUUCAGUGUGAUGCGUUCGAAGACACUUUGACGGAGGACCAGGACGAGAUGGAGAGACUGUACGGAGGCAUCGACAUGAGCAGCCACCAGCAGGUCUUCACCUCGCUGCUCACCAAGGUGUCCAGUCGUCCAUCCUCAGUCCAGCUGCUGUCCAUCCUUCAGGCCUUGCUGUUGGUGGAUGCAGACAGGUCUGAGGUGUGGUUAGCUCUGGAGCUGCUAGUGGACCGCGCCACCCUGCUGUCCCAGAACUCUGACUUAGAUUCUGCUGGCUGCCUACUGGAAAGGCUCCUCCCCCACAAGUCCCUCUCAGCCAAUCACCGGAUCCAAACCAUCGACAGGGCAAUCCAGACUUACCUACCUGACCAAUCCGAGUGCAGCAUCAACGCUGCCUCCACGGCUGCCAGUUCAGCAGCUCCUCCUCCACCCCAUCCUCCACCCUUACCUGGUAUGGGAGCUCCGCCUCCUCCUCCCUUACCUGGUAUGGGAGCUCCGCCUCCUCCUCUCUUACCUGGUAUAGGAGCUCCGCCUCCUCCUCCUCCCUUACCUGGUAUGGGAGCUCUGCCCCCUCCUCCCUUACCUGGUAUGGGAGCUCCACCCCCUCCUCCUCCCCUACCUGGUAUGGGACCUCCGCCUCCUCCUCCCUUACCUGGUAUGGGAGCUCUGCCCCCUCCUCCCUUACCUGGUAUGGGAGCUCCGCCCCCUCCUCCUCCCUUACCUGGUAUGGGAGCUCCGCCCCCUCCUCCCAUCUCAGCCUGCGCAGCCGAAAGUCUGGGCAGGUCAUAUUACAGCUCCACCCCUCCGCCUGGCUCCGCCCCCUGUCCCAGCCUCCGUAUGAAGAAGCUGAACUGGCAGAAACUCCCGUCCAGAGCGCUGACGGCUCAACAGUCCCUGUGGACGUCUGCGUCUAAAGAUUCGGUGGAACCAGAUUACUGCAGCAUUGAACAGCUCUUCAGUCUUCCUCCGACUGAGACCAGAACCAGAACCAAAGUCCAGACCAAGCAGAAAGAGAUUUCCUUCAUCGACGCCAAGAAGAGCCUGAACGUCAACAUCUUCCUGAAGCAGUUCAAAUGUUCCCAUGAGGACUUUGUAUCUCUGAUCCGGACAGGAGACAGGUCCAGGUUUGAUGUGGAGGUUCUUAAACAGCUGUUCAAACUGCUGCCAGAGAAACAUGAGGUGGAGAACCUGAAGUUACACCAGGCAGACAGGGACAAGUUGGCCUCAGUGGAUAGGUUUUACCUGCAGCUGCUGGACGUCCCCAGUUACUCUCAGAGAAUAGACUGCAUGUUGCUGUGUGAGGAGAGCAGUUGUGUUUUGGAGACUCUGAAGCCCAAAGUUGAGCUGCUGGACCGAGCCUGCCAGAGUGUCAGGGAGAGCACCCGUCUGCCCAGCUUCUGUAAACUCAUCCUGAGCGUUGGAAACUUCCUCAACUAUGGGACUCACACGGGGAACGCUGAGGGUUUUAAGAUCAGCACCCUGCUCAAACUCACAGAAACUAAAGCCAACAAGUCCAGAAUCACCCUGCUGCACCACAUCCUGGAGGAAGUGGAGCAGAACCAUCCGGACCUGCUGAACCUGCCCGAGGAUUUGGAGAUCUGUGACAAGGCUGCUGGGUUAAAUCUGGAGUCCAUCCAGUCUGAAAUAAUGUCUCUGGUCAAACAGCUAAAGAACGUGGAGACGAAGGUCUCCUGUUCCUCUGAGGACCUGAAGCAGCAGUAUUUGUCCUCCAUACAGGAGAACCUGCAGGCGUGCGAGCAGCUGAAGCAGCUUCUGUCCACGCUAGAGGACAAGAGGAUGGAUCUGUCCAUCUACCUGUGUGAAGACAGCAGCAGCUUCUCCAUCGACGAACUCUUCAGCACCAUCAAGAUCUUUAGAGAACUGUUCCUCAAAGCUGUCAAGGAGAACAGGAGUCGUAGGCAGCUGGAGAAGAGGAGGAAGCAGCAGGAGGUGGAGAGGAAACAAAAAGGAGACCCCACCACGAUCAUCAGGGUGAAGCCAUCAAACCAGGAUGAGGGCUGCAUCAUCGACAACCUGCUGGCUGAAAUCAGGAAAGGCUACAACCUUAAGAAGACCAGACCACGAGCUGAGAGGAGCAGCAAAGUCCAAGAUCAUCCUGGGAUCAUACAGCGGUCUUUGGCUGUGGAUGAGCCUGACUCGUUUGUUUCCAGCCAAUCAGAGAAGCCUUCAGAACCACCAGAGUCAGUCCAGGUCCACACAGAGCCACCAACUGAAACAGGACCAGAACCAGAGUCAGCUGAGACUGACCAGAGUGCUCCAGAGAUCCAAAACCUCUGUGAGGUGGACGGAAGGAACGAGGAGUCCGAGUUUGAAGAGAUCACAUCGAUGGAAGUGAGAACAACCGAACACAACCAUGAUCCAGCAAAGACGUCCAGGACCGGUCCAAAAGGUGGAGCCAAACACAAAACUCAGAGAGGAUGUGUGUCACACUGAGGUGAGUCCACAUCAUGACCCAGGACCUGGCCCUGGACCUGACCCUGGACCUGGACCUGACCCAGGAAUUGUGAAUCAGCAUCACUUCUUCUUCGGCUAU